AAUCAGUUGCAGAAUAUAUUAAAGAAAAAACGUAAAAAAAAUAUAAAAAGAAUUAUUAAAAAAUAAAUAUUAAUGAAAGAAUUUUGCUAGGAUAUAAUAUAAUUUAAUGGAGAAAUUAAUAAAAAAUAAUAGAAAUAAAUGAAGAUAGCACGAUAUAUUUAUUUGGGAAGCAAAUUAAUAUACAAAAUAUAAAACAAAUUCAAUAAAAAAGAGAAGAAAUUUUAAAUAUUUUCACAAAUACUAUUUGGUUUACAUAUAGAAAAAAUUUUCCCCCUCUUCUUAAAAGCUUAGGUUAUUAAUAAGAAAUAUAAACCGAUUAAGGAUGGGGUUGUAUGAUAAGAGCAGGUUAAAUGAUGUUAGCAUAAGGUUUAAAAGUUCAUAUAAAAAAUUAUAUUGUCAAAAAAAAAUUAGAGUUUACAAAUAUUAUAAAUUGUAAUCAUAUUUUUUAUUUUUUUUAUUUUUAAAUUUUAUAGGCUUUUUAGAUUAUGAUGAUGGAUUAAAUAAAAAUAUUUCUUUUUUUAGUAUAUAAAAAAUAUCAGCUUUAGCUUAUUUUUAUUUUGAUUUAAAACCUUAAAAUUGGUAUGAUCCGAACAGAAUAUGUUUUAUCCUCGAAAAAUUAUAUAAUUUUAGUUCUAUUAAAGGAACUGAAAAUUUAAAAUUUAAAUAUUUUAGUAAUCAUAAGUUGAUUUUUUUUGAAGAUUUAAUUAAAUUAAUGGUUGAUAGUUAAGCAAAAUUAUGUAAUUAAAAUAUUCAUAAUGAAUAGCAACAAAAUUUAGAUUUGAAUAAUAACAGUUCAUAAUUAAUUGAAGAUUCAUUUGAAGUUAUAACUAAAUCUUCGAAGUAAAAUACUUUAGAUAACUUAAUAUGUAAAAAAUGCCAUUAAUCAGAUAAAUCUUUAUUAAUUUUUAUCUCUUGUUUAACUAAUACUAAUAAAAUAUCCAAUAAAAAAUAACAAGAAGUUGUAAUAUCUUUACUUAAAAAUUAAUUUUCAAUAGGAAUGAUUGGUGGAGUUCCUGGAAAAGCCUAUUAUUUUUUAGGAAUUAUUGAUAAUGAUUUUAUAUAUUUAGAUCCACAUUAUAUAUAAGAAGCACAUUAAAAUGAAAAAACAGUUUAGAAUAUUGACACUUAUUUUUGUAAGUUUAUAAAUAGAGUUAGUUAGAAAAAAUUGGAAAGUUCGCUUGCUUUUGGAUUUUACAUAAAAAAUUUACAAGAAUUAGAAUAGUUUUAUUAGGAUAUAAAGAAUUUAGAGUAUUUUUACAAAGAUGAUUUUUUUUAAGUAUACAAAAAGAAAAAAAAAUACUAAAAUAAAAUUAGUGUUGAAUUUGAGAUUGAUUAGUUCGGGUUUUAAAAUGUAAAUAAUUAUGAUGAAAAUUAAAAUUAUGAUAGUGAUUAGUAAGAUGAAUAGUAAUAGGAUAUUGAUUAUUAAGAAAUACUUAACUAAUUAUAUUUAAAAUUUAAAUAAGAAUUAAAAAUAUGAAUAAAUUUCAAACAUUAAGAUAAUAGAGUAAAUGGAUGAUUUUUUAAAAGUAAACAAAAAGAUUAAUUAAAAAAAUAUAAAAAAAUCUGAAAAUUGUACUUUGUAUUUUUAUAUAAUUUAAUACCCCUUUU